AUGGUGUCUGUAAGCGUCACGUUUGAGUACGUCACGGGUCUGAAGCGAUCCAUAUUUCAGAACCCGCGUUUGAAAGGCAGCUGGGAUAGCAAUGGCCGAUAUUCCGAGCAAUGGACGGAGAGCCCUAUGGCGACGAUCGUUGGCCCUGAUGGCUGCCCCGUGUUCACUACUUCCGUUUCAUUGGAUCUGGCUGAUGUUGGUACAACAUUCCGAUGGGGUGUGGUUCUAGAUGGUAAUGGGCUCUCCAACUUUUGGGGGGUCCCCACAGAGGUCAAGGAUGUCAACUCCGCGGAGCGGUAUCUGAAAUUUCAGAUUCAGGGGCCCAAUACAGAAGCUCCCAUUCAACAAGUCGAACGCUACUACUUGACAUAUUGCCGUCGGCUCGGCGCCAAUAGACGCAUUCCAACGGGGGUUGGAGAUCACUUGCUACACUUUGCCGUCUGGGCACCAAACGCGCAAGCAGUAUCCGUUGUCUUCGGUUAUCUGAACCAGGGCCACAUCGAUGACCAGGGCAUAGGGAUCAACAAUGCGUGUCCAGAGGUGGUCCUGACCCGAUCGCGAGACGGGGUUUGGGAGGGCAGCCCAGAACAUCCUUACAACACUUUCCAGGGCCUCCCUUACAUGUAUAAAGUUCGCAACAAACAGGGCGAGCUAGUUUACCGCACCGAUAUCUUCUCGCGCAGCCAAAUUGGGAAAGGUGAUCAGGAACCACCGCACUGGGAUGGCAGUGUUGAGACUUUGGAUGGCCUUCUCAGCUGCAGCGUUGUCAUUGACCCUGAUGUGAUAAGGGAAGAAUUUGAAUCGACAGCGCCCAAUCUUAUCGCCGCUGAGGAGUUCUGGGCAACUGAGUUUUCGCAUGGCCGGGCAGUUCCGACAAAUUUAAACGAUCUGGUCAUCUACGAGUUACACAUCGGUUCGCUCGGUUUUGGAAGGGCAACGAGCGGCGACUUGAGCGACGCUAUUGAGUUUCUGCAUCAUCUGCGCACACUCGGAGUAAAUGCGGUUGAGCUGAUGCCCAUGGCAGAGUUCGAGGGAAAAGUGGGCUGGGGUUAUGGAAACACCCAUCACCUCUGCGUGGAGUCAAGCGCUGGUGGUCGUGACAAGUAUCGCCAUUUCGUGCGCGAGUGUCAUCGGAAUGGAAUCGCCGUCAUUCAGGAUGUGUGUUAUAAUCACUACGCUCAAAAAGCAACCCGCGCUGAAUGGACUUACGACUCCACGCUUGCAGAGGACAAUAUUUACUAUUGGUAUGAAGGACGCAGCUCUCAGUAUUCGGAUUCGUCUGGAGGCUAUAUCGACAACGGUUCGAGCGGGUACACUCCGCGAUUCUGGAACGAAAACGUUCGCCAGCAGUUCAUCAGUAGUGCAGCUUUCUUGAUCGAGGAGAUGCACGUCGAUGGACUCCGCGUUGACCUGACGGAUGCCAUUCACCGGGACAAUAAGCUUCACGCUGAUGGGCGCGAGAUUGGCCAUGCCAAUGUAUUCGGGCAGAAGUUUCUGCGUCAAUGGAGUCGAACCCUGUAUAUGAUCAAGCCGUCAGUGAUGCUGAUCGCGGAAGAUCACACACGGUGGGAUGCAGUCACGAAACUACCAGCACAGGAUGGACUCGGAUUCCAGGCAAGGUGGGAGGUUGAAUUCUACCACAGCCUUAUAGGCGAUUCAAACCAUUCAGCAGGUCGGCCUCGGCUGCUUUUGAAUGCAGGAUUCGGUGGAAACAACGCGCUCGAGUUCGACAAGUUCUCGGAAACUUUAUACAAUACGCAAUAUCGUCGAGUGGUUUUCCCCGAAUCACACGACGAAGCCGGUAACGCUGAAGGGACUGCUCGCACCAUAUUGGUCGCCGUGAAUCAUGCGCCUGUGUUUGGUCCAACACGCACUGUGGCCGAGGCCCGGUGCCGUCUGUGCUACGGUCUAUCACUUCUCUCUGCAGCCACCCCCAUGUUCUUUAUGGGCGAGGAGGUGGGCGCUCAGCAGCCCUACAAGUACGAAGGCUUCAUCCACCACCGGGAAGACAUCAUCGAACUGCGAGAUGGGAUAGGUGCAUCCAUGUUUCACUUCUACCGGGAUCUUAUCAGCCUACGAAAAAGGCUAGCCUCCAUUCGAUCCCACAACAUCGAUGUUCUGCACCAGUCUAAUAGUAACCGAGUGAUUGCGUUCAAGCGAUGGAGUGGUAACGAGGAGGUAAUUGUAGUGGGCAGCUUGAACAACUCAGCGUUCAGCAAUGGAUACACGGUGUGGAAAGACGCUACGGCCAUUCCCAAUGGGACCUGGAAAGAGGUCUUCAACAGCGACUCAGCGUUCUAUGGCGGUCAGAAUAUCGGAAACUACGGACAGGCAAUUCAGGUGACUACCAACCGUCUUAAUGUUGUUCUACCUGCAAACAGCUUCGUUGUGUUCGUAAAGCAGUAG